AUGAAUGAGGUAUAAAUAGAAAAGAAUUAUUUAGAAUCUCAACUUUCAAAAGUUAUUGAAUAACCAUUUAAAUCCUACUAUGGACAAUCUUUAAGUUAUCUAUUCGAAAUUACAACAAUUAUAAUAUUUUAAUUCCUUCAUUGAGAAAAAUCUUAAGGGAACUUAAAGAGAGAGUCUGUUAUAUGUAUAAUUCUUUGAAAUCAUAGUUAUGUGGUAAAUUCAAAAUGGAGCACUUUAAAGGAGGAGAGGUCAUCUUUAAAGAAGGAGACAAGUCAAAUGAUAAGUUAUAUAUAAUAUUUAAUGGUAAAGUGGCUUUAAUAAAGCAAAGGCCAUAAUAAUAACAGAUGAUAUAACAAAACAUUGA